CCUGCAUCUUCCAUUCUCCAAGCUGCAUACAGGACUGAGUUGGCCCACAUUCGACACUUUCGGACCAGAGGUGAACGGAAAAUCCAGGGCUAUAUAACCAGCCUCGAGGGAGGAGAUCAUCGAUUUUUAAAGAAAUAAUCCUCCCCGGGGCAGUUGCAUUACGGUUCUUUGUUCCAUCGGCUUUCAUCACCAUCCGGAUUACCAUCUAAUCCUCCACAUUCGAUCAAUCUUCCGAACACACUUUUUCACCACAUCAGAGCUAGCUCAGUCGCUUCACUCCAUCUUGUCGAAAUGGCUAACUCCAAUCCCCGAGUUAAACGACCCUUUCAACCCACCAUCGACUCCUACUUCACGCAACCCAAGUCUUCCCCCAACGCCAACCACAAGCUCUCCCCUCCCAUACCUAAUAAUGUCCAAUCCUCCCUCCUCUCUGUCGGCAUGCGCGUCCGCAAAGCCGUGCCCGAAGGCUACAAAACACACAAAACCCUAACCGACGUCCCCGACAUUCCUCCUACCACCACCCAUAUUGCGACGUCAUUCUCGACCCUACACCCCGAAGCCUCCCAACCCGACCAUCCACCACCAAUCCCCCAACAACGGCCCGCGGAACUCCUCCCCUUCUGCGGCCUCCUCAAGACCGGAAAUUUCGCCACGCAAGACCCCUCCUACCCCGUCAACGCGUACGCCCUCCCCGGCGACCUGGGGAUCGCAUCCGAUGGCACGACGUCCUUCUCAUCCCAAGAAUCCAACGUCUCGCACAUGUCGAGCGAUUCCGUGCCGGCAGGGAGGCCCGGGAACACGCGGAAGCGUGUUCUGCGUGAGUAUGAGGAGGAAGACGCGGAGAUGGACGCAGGGCUGGGAGACGUUGCAGGGAUGCGCCAGUUUGCGGUGGCGAAGAGCGGAGGACGGAAGUCGCUGGGUGGUGCAAGGAUGGUCCCGGGGGAUUUUGAGGAGGCGGAGUUUUUGCAGCCGCGGGAGUGGGUGGAUGAGGACGUGGAGAUGGAGGUGGAAAUGGGGCUGUGAUGGAUUGGCGAAUACGGUUAUGAUAUCGUGGAGGAACAAAGGAAUUGUCGCGAGACAGGUAUCACUCGGUUGGGGUAAUAGACUGAGCGCCUUUCAAGGCGCGGGUUUUGGCGAUGGAUUUUUUUGGAUAUGUUUUUGCGGAUGGCUGUUUCGAUAGAUGUUUUCUCUCGCUCGGACGAGCGGCAAUCGGUGUAUCAAUCCCACGGGCAUGUCAACGGCCUAAAUGAAUUCAUGGCGGUCAUCGAAUAUCUUCUUUCUUGCCGAGUUCUAUGUAUGUACAAUGCUUCCCGCCCGAAAUGGUCGGCACAUCCAGGGAUAUUCAUCGUUCUUGCAGCACGGCAAACCCCAAACUCCAAGCCAUAUGAGAACGACUCAAGAUAUCGUCUAUAAGCCGUGCUUAUAUUCC